AUGAUUGGAGGUGGCAACGACAACACAGUGCUGAGGUUCUCUUUCACCAACAAACAGCAGUUCAGUGAUGCCUCGUCGCAGUUGCAAGAGGCGUCGUCCCAUGUUUCCGUGGUUCACCUGAAAAGCCGUGGCUUUCUCUCCGCGUGUAUCCGGGUCUCCAAGCUCAUGGGAGAGUUGGCGCAAUGUCCUCUUCUUCAAGUACUUGAAAUCGACAUGCCCAAUGAAUCAGUGCAUACCCAUGCGCUUGUUGCCGUGCUCCAAGCGUCAAAGAAAACAUUGGUGACAUUGACUCUACGCGCCAAUGUUUUGCGUGCCAAACGAGGUGGUACUGCUAGCAAAAGGCUCGUCGUGCAAGGACUGCGGAACCUAGUCGCAUUGGAGAAUUUCUCAUGGAAUAACGGUUCCGUGGACGGCUGUUUCAGUGAAAUCAUUGGAGCCGUUGCGAACUGCCCAAAGCUAAAGUCUGUGACGUUGACUCAAGAUCUUUGGGGAGAAACGUUCGACGAAUUGGCCCUCAAUCCAACCCUGGAGGCUUUGACUUGUUCAGGGUGUGUCAUAAACUGGACUGGUAGACUUGGAACCUAUGAUAUCACUUUGGAUCGGUUCUGCCAGACACUGCAAACUUCCCGCCUCAAGUCGCUCAAGAUCUGUCCACCUCCUACCAAUAAUGAUCACGAGAAUGUUGAUUUGACACCCCUUGCCAACUAUCUACACCACACCAAACACUUGGAACAUUUGUCAUUGGCAAUCCACAAGACACAAGUCAAGACUCUAGCCAAUGGUUUGAAACACAACCAAUCGUUGAAACGUCUAGAGAUAAGAGGAUCCGGACUGGUGGACGAAAUUGUUGCUUCCUUUUCGUAUGUUAUGCCCAACAACAUGUGGCUGGAGGAAUUCAAAUACAACGGUUGUGACUACGAUGCCGAUCCAGCCAUUCCUUUCUACAUUACUCUGAACAGAGCUGGACGAAAGUACUUGGUAGAGAAUUACGACGCUCGUGACGAUUGGGUGAAGGUGUUGAUUCAAUAUCAUGUCAACACUCCACUGGUCUUUCACCUCCUCCAGACCAACACUUCCUUGCUCAAGGGCAUGGGGCUGGACCAUCAUCACAACAAGGGGCAAACUAUACAGUCUAUUGGUACCCGUAAGAGCACCGUGUGUGAGGAUGUCAGAAACAAACAUCACAACAAGGGGCAAACUAUACCAUCUUUGGUACCCGUAAGAGCACCGUGUGUGAGGAUGGUAGAAACAAACACGACGACGAAGCAUUCCGAAGGUUUUUAG